CAUAUGGAUCAGGGUCCACCAGGACAGGGUCAAUACGGUGCUCCUCCGCCUCAAGGAGGAUACCCAGGCGGCCCGCCUCCCCAGCAACUAUCCCAGAGCAGCCCUGCUGAAGUAGAAGGCUACAAGCAACUUCUCAAUGCCUGUAUCCAGGAGAAGAACCUCCAGGGCUUCUACCCGCCAAAUGACCCAAGGAUUGCCCAGAUCGCUCAACAAGCAGGCCCCAAGGUCAACCAGGUCAUUCAGCGCUGGCGUGUCGCAAAGGAAAUCGCAAAUGAUAUUGUCAAGCUUGCCUUGUACGACAUUGUACUCUAUAUCGAAGACGACAGUGGUUCCAUGCAGUUUGAAGAGGAGGGAAGCCGCAUCAAGGACUUGCGCCUUAUUCUGGAGCGGGUCUCGUUUGCUGCCACGCUCUUUGACCAUGAUGGUAUUUCUCUUCGCUUCAUGAACACUGAUCUUUCCAACGCACGCGACCAGCAGGGCCGUCCUCUCCAGGAUGGUGUGGCCUCUGAAGCUCAGAUUGAGCAAAUUAUGCGUGGCGUACAGUUCAAGGGUCUUACACCUAUGGGAACUGCUAUGAGACAAAAGGUCAUUGAUGGCAUCGUUCUCCAAAAGGCGAGGAACGGUCAGCUGAACAAGCCGAUACUGGUCAUUGCCAUCACCGAUGGUCAGCCAGCUGGAGAGCCCCAGAACGCCAUCUUCGAUACCAUUCAGUAUGCUUUUGACACUCUUAAGGGUUUCCCACAGUAUGGCCGCGGCGCUGUUGCAUUUGAGUUCGCUCAGGUUGGAAAUGAUGAAGCUGCUAGGAAGUUCCUCGGUAAACUUGAUGAGCACCCCGUAAUCGGACCAGAGGUUGACUGCACCUCGAACUUCGAGAACGAGCAAGAAGAGAUGAUGCGCGCCAAUCCUCCUGUGGAUCUCACACCUGAUCUGUGGAUCAUCAAGCUUCUUCUUGGCGCCAUUGACCGUAGUUACGACUCCAAGGACGAGAAGACCAACCACCAAGCAUCUGGUGGAUAUGGCGCACCUCCAGGCCAGUACGGUGCUCCGCCAGGCCAAUACGGCGGCCCACCGCCGGGUCAGUACGGAGGUCCCCCACCAGGACAGGGCCAGUAUGGCGCGCCACCCCCACAAGGCCAAUAUGGCGCCCCUCCUCCAGGCCAAUACGGAGCUCCACCACCAGGUCAAUAUGGUCAGCGACCGCCGCAGGGUGGUCCUGGUGGAUACCCAGGUCAGCAGCAGUACGGCCAGCCACCGCCAGGUGGCAAGUACUAG